AGCCUCGAGGGUGGUGGUGCGCCCGCCCCCUGGGGCGCCCCCGCGUCCUCGUGCGCGCGCGGGCCCGCAUGGCAGCCAGCACAGUGGUGGCUGGGCAGCGCGGCAGUGGCCCCUUCGAAGGACUCUCGGAUCCGCGCGCCCUUCCCACAAAAUCUGCCGACGUGUGCGCGAGUGGUUGUGCGCCUUCUGCCGCUGGACCCCCCGUCUGAGCCAUCUUGAGGCUGUCUUGGGGCAGCCUGGGGGCCAUGCCGCCUGCUGUGAAGGCCUUACGGCCGGUGCCCAGCAAUAUAAGGCAUUGCGUCUUCAAUGGGGCUGGCGGAUACAACUAUUCGUUCCGCCUGGGGUCCACGCACCCACACAGAUCGAAUUGGCACGAGAAUCGAAGCUGAAAGUUGAGGUCGAGAACACGUGUUCAUGUUUUUUGUUCACAGCGUCGGGUCUUGGGACAGGGCAUGAGAGUGUUCGUCUUCGGCGGCACCCAGUUCAUGGGCCGCCUGACGGUGAAGGCCCUGCUCGAUGUUGGCCACCAGGUGGUGUUGUUCAACCGCGGGCGCACUGCGAACCCUUUCGAAGGCUUGCAAGGCUUGGUCGUGGUGAGGUGCGACCGCAUGGGUGACCGCGAGGGCUUCCGAGACGCAGUCCGCAGCCAAGGCUCAUGCGAUGCUGUCGUGGAUUUCAUCGGCUUCCAGGAGGUGUACAUGCGGGACGCGCUGGACGCGCUGACGUUGCCCACGCCCCCCGGAAAAGACAGCGCCUUGGGGAAGCGUUUCGCCACGAAACACUACGUCUUCGUGUCCUCGGAUUGCGUGUACUGGGCGCAGCGCGUACCAUGCGUCGAGGCGGAGGUGCGACUGGCGGAGCAGGACGCGGAGGACUUCCCUCCCGACGAGUUCGAGCGGCACCGUGCUUACGCCGAGAGCACAGCCCUCGGGGAGUACCAGCUCCGCUACGGCGGCAACAAGCUGAGCUGCGAGAGGGUGCUGGAGGACGCAUGGCGCGAGGACGGGCUGCCCUACACGGUGCUGCGGCUCCCGGACGCCUACGGGCCUUACGACAAUUUGGGCGGCUUCUGGGACAUCGCCAAGGCGGUGGAGAUGGAGCGGCCGAUCCCCUCAGGCCUGGGGCCAGGGCGAAUCCGGAGGCUGGACGGCGAGGCUUCGGUGGUCGGCAGACCACACCGAUUCAGUUGGGUCUUCGCGCCAGACGCGCGGGACGCCAUCCUGGCGACCCUCGCCAAGGGCAGCAUGGUUCACGGCGCGACCCUGCACAUCGCGCACGAGGAGGCCGCGAGCUUGCGGGAGACGGCGGAGCUGAUCGCGGAGGCGAUGGGCAAGCCCCCAGCGGCCGUCCGCUUUGACGACCAGCGGGAAGCCAGCGUGCCGUCCACGGACUUUGGCUCUCUGGACGUCGCACGCGCGUUGCGGCUUCUGCGACCGUGGAGGCCGACGCCCAUGCGAACCGCAGUCUCCCGCGCGGUUCAGUGGUUCUCGAGCGGCCUCGAGAACCGCCGCUACCACCAGCACGUGCACCGCGAGGCGCAGGCCUACGACGAGGCCUCGUCGAGGCUCGUGUCAUGCCAGGCCAAGGAGCUGCCCAGCUGCUGGGCGGGGUCACCCGAGGUGGCCGCCAGGGUGCGCGACGGACCUGUGGUGCUCGUGGAUGCCGUUCCCGAGUUCACGAACCUCGCGGUGCUCGGCUUCAUGCAGAGGCUGAUGGACCAGGCGGGUGACGUGAAGGUGUGCUGCGAGCUCCGGCGCAGCUCCGAGGCCGUGCCCGAGCAGCAGACCUGGCCGCUGCGGCAUCUCGCUGGCCAGCUGCUGGCGCAGAGCGAGCACUCGGCCAGCUACUGGCUGGAAAGCUCCGAGGUGCUGGCACAGACCGACCUGCUGGCCGAGCUCCGUGGCCCGCUCCACGGCCUCCGCGCCGACGGGCCAGGGCGGCCAGCGGAGCGGCGCUUGUGCCUCGGCGGCGUCGGGGCUCGCAGUCCGCUCCGGCGCGCAGCUCCCGGGGGCGCGGGCGGCCUGUGGGACUGCGCCCUGCUGGGCCGGCGGAAGUGGAGGCUUUUCCCGCCCGAGACGCCCCCCGCAUUGCUCUGCUGCGUCGGCGGUGAGCCCGCCGUCUCCUCGCCCGUGGACACCUUUGCCCGCGGGCCGGACGACGUGGCCGUGACCGCGGGCAGGGCCCCCGCCGGCUUUGGCCCCCGAGUCUGCUGGGAGUGCGAGCAGACCAUCCAUGGGCCAUGCGGUCGUGGUGCCCGACGGCUGGUGGUACCAGACGUACGACGACGACCGCACCCUGUCGGUCCGCGCCGACUACGGGGAGGGGCUGGCCGGCACCGCGGAGCACGGGCCUGUGGCCCUGCCGCAGCCGGUCGGGGGGUUCGAGCGGGUGGACUGAGCCCGCUUCGCGCCGCCGCCGCGGCCGCGCGCGCCCCGCGCCCGCGCCUCUGGCUGUGGGGCCCUGCUGCUCGGCCUCCCGCGGUGGGCGUGGCGGCGGCGCCGGAGGCUGCCGGCGGAGGAGGGAAGUGCCACUUCGCGCUUGAUGCCUAUUGCAGGGCUUCGCGUUGGAGGAGAUUGAAAUCUGGGGCCCGUGCAGGACCAGAUAGCCAAAGCUAUCGACUUGCUCGGCUUGGGAGCUCUUAGCCGGGUGACUGGAUGCCCGUCUCCCGCUUCGUCCUCCUGG